UGACCCUGACUUUGACCUAAACACCCAACCAAUCAACCCUAGACCCUAGACCCUAAACCCUAACGCUGACUCUGACUAGCGCCCCCUAAAGGCUUCAAUUCACCCAGCGAGCAAAACAAACAAAAAGCCCGCGAAUCCAUCAUCAAUUCGCCUACACUCCACUCCACUCCACUUCCCCCCAUAGGUUCCGUCUUUCCGUCUUCUCCACUCAUCUCUCCCAUCUUCUCCGUUGUCCAGGUCCCAUGUCCGUGCAGUGCAGUGCAGCCAAGGGACACACACAAACACCAAACACACAAACACAAACACACAGACACCAAACACACAAACACACAAACACACACCAUAUGGUAUCAUAUCAUCCACCAGCAGCAGCAGCAGCAGCUUCCAUUGCAUUCAUUGGUCAUUCUCAUCUUUCAUUUCUCGUCUCCAUCCCAUCCCAUUUUCAUCUCAUCUCAUCUCAUCUCAUCUCAUCUCAUCUCAUCUCAAUUCUUCUUCCCAUCUCUACACGACAAAAACACACACAACCAACGCAAAAAAGGCGCAAUGAUGGAUGGGACAACAACAACAACAACAACUACAACAACAAGCUAAACAUGCCAGAGCAAACCCCACGCACCACCAAAUCAUUCAACAAGCAGAAUAUCCUCGAUCAACCAAGGAGUUGUUGCUUCAUGCACGACCGGUUUCCCUUUCCCCGCUGGCUGGCUGGCUGGCUGGCUGGCUGGCUGGCUGGCUGGCUGGCUGGCUGUGCUUUCGAGCUGCUGUGUGCGUUGUUGAGGAAGUAAGUGAGAGGUGAAGCGAGAGACAGAAAAGAAGAAGAAGAACAAAAAAAUGGGGCUACCCAAAGACGGAAAGAUCAUAAACAAACAGACUCCCGUACAUGCUUCUUUUCUUU